CUUCUAAGCCCUUUACACAAUAAUUAUUUCAGUCCUCGAACCAUUCUGAGUCAGGUGCCAUUAUUAUUCCCACUUGGUUAAGUAACUUGCUUGAGGUCAUGCAGCUAGUAAGUUAGGGAACCAGUAUUCAGACUGGUACGCUGCAACUCCACAGCCUGCGUUCUUAACUACACUCCUGCGCUUCCCAAGCGGCUGGGGCCAGCAUCUUGUUUGGGACUGGUUGUAGCCUCCUGGCCAGAACUGCGCUUGCUGCGGUUUGUUGGAUGAAUGGAUGGAUGGACGUAAAGAAGAAACGUGGUUGCGUCGUCAUGGGAAUGUGGAGUCGGCUCCGGAGGUGUGCACGUUCCUCAUUAGUCUGCAAGCACUUCGCGGGGCCUCACCUGUCACUCUGGGCGGGUCGAAGUACACGCGCCACUUCCGGUCCUGGCUCCACCUCCUCAAGCAGCUGCCAUCCGCUUCGCGUUCCAGAAUUUUGUCCCCAGCACCGAGCCGUCUCCCCGCCUUCGCCGCUGCCAUGGCGGCAGCUCCGCCGCUCUCCAAGGCCGAGUAUCUGAAGCGUUACUUGUCCGGGGCAGAUGUCGGCGUCGACGGGGGCUCUGAGUCCAGUCGCAAGCGUCGUAAAAAGCGGCCGAAGUCUGGCGGGGCCGGUGGCAAGGGGAUGCGGAUUGUGGAUGAUGAUGUGAGCUGGACAUCUAUCUCUACCAGUAAACCAGAAAAGGAGGAAGAGGAAGAUGAUGGAGAUUUGCCUGUGGUGGCUGAGUUUGUGGAUGAGCGGCCGGAAGAGGUAAAGCAGAUGGAGGCCUUUCGUUCCAGUGCUAAAUGGAAGCUUCUGGGAGGCUCUUCUCCCAGCCAUAGGAAAUUUCAUAAAAGUUCUUCACCUAGCAGACAACAGAGUCACACAUUGGAUUCUUCCUACCCAGGUGAUGGCCAGAAAACCUCUGAUUCAGAUCUUUCUCCUCCACGGCAUAAACAAAGUACAGGACAUCAGGCUUCUGAUUCAGAUCUGUCACCUCCACGGAACAGGCCUAGACACCAGAGCUCUGAUUCUGACCUCUCUCCACCAAGGAGGAAACAGAGGACCAAAUCUUCUGAUUCUGAUCUGUCUCCACCUCGAAGGAGCCAGCCUUCUGGAAAGAAGGCUGCACAUAUGUAUUCUGGGGUUAAAACUGGGUUGGUGUUAACUGACAUACAGCGAGAGCAGCAGGAGCUCAAGAAAUGGGACCAAGAAACGACGGCAUUUGAAGCUGAAUUCCAACAUGCUGAAACUGUAUUUCGAGAUAAGUCUGGUCGUAAGAGGAAUUUGAAACUGGAACGUUUAGAGCAAAGGAGGAAAGCAGAGAAGGACUCAGAGAGAGAUGAACUGUAUGCCCAGUGGGGAAAAGGGCUUGCCCAGAGCCGGCAACAGCAACAAAAUGUAGAGGAUGCAAUGAAGGAGAUGCAAAAGCCUCUGGCCCGCUAUAUUGACGAUGAAGAUCUGGAUCGGAUGUUAAGAGAACAAGAAAGAGAGGGAGACCCCAUGGCCAACUUCAUCAAGAAGAACAAGGCCAAGGAGAACAAGAAUAAGAAAGUGAGACCUCGCUACAGUGGUCCAGCACCUCCUCCCAACAGAUUUAAUAUCUGGCCUGGAUAUCGCUGGGAUGGAGUGGACAGAUCCAAUGGUUUUGAACAAAAGCGCUUUGCCAGACUUGCCAGCAAGAAGGCAGUGGAGGAACUUGCCUACAAAUGGAGUGUUGAAGAUAUGUAACUUUUCUGAGGCUGUGGGGAUGGCUGUGGGUUGUGUAAGUGGGCAGAGAACAGCAAGACAUCCAGAUAUAACGGUUGUCUGUGCUAAUAAUCAGGGCGCACACAAGCCAGCUACUUGUUGAAUGCCAGUUUUGGCCACAGAAGAAUAUUCUAGACCUGAUCUUGGGACUGAGGUACCUGUACUUCUCAGGUAUGACAACACUGGCAGUUGCUGGCUUUCAGAGGAAGCACUGAUUUCUCAGUGUGCCAGGGUUUCUUCUUAAUUAGGGAUUUUCUUUUUCUUUUUUAAAUAAACAUACAUUUAUUUUUUUAAAAUU